UGGGGCUCCCUGACCGGCGCCUCCUUCCAGGCCACCACCGUCAAGUUCUGGUUCGCCACCGGGGGCGCCGGGUUCUGCCUGAGCAGAGGCCUCGCCCUCAAGAUGAGCCCGUGGGCCAGCCUGGGCAGCUUCAUGAGCACGGCCGAGCGGGUGCGGCUGCCGGACGACUGCACGGUGGGCUACAUCGCCGAGGGGCUGCUGGGCGCCCGCCUGCAGCGCAGCGCGCUCUUCCACUCCCACCUGGAGAACCUGCGGCGCCUGCCCCCCGACAGCGUGCCCCGGCAGGUCACGCUGAGCUACGGGGGCCCAGAGAACCCCCAGAACGUGGUGAAUGUGGCCGGAGGCUUCAGCCUGCAGCAGGACCCCACGCGGUUCAAGUCUGUCCACUGCCUGCUGUACCCUGACACGGACUGGUGCCCUGAGAGGAAGCAGGCACACCCUACCUCUCAGGGACCCUCAGCGCCCCCAGGGCUGGCCCUGCCAGGGGCACAGGUGGGCGGCGGGCAUCCUCGGGGGCAAAUGCAGCCGCCUUCUGGCCCGGGGGCCCCUGAAGCCACCAGUGCUCUGCUGGGCCCCAGGCCCAGGGCCGGCCAAUGACCGCAGCUCAGGAGAGUGUGCCAGUGCCCAGGAGAUGUCGGGGUGCAGGUUGGCCUCUGGCUGCACCACAAAGCUUUGCUCCCACAGGAGAGGGCUCGCGGGGUUGGAGGCUGGGAGGGGGGCUUCCAGCUGGGCCUCGCCAGCGCCUGCGGCCCACCGGGGUGUUGACAGAGGCCCUGUGGACCCACAGCCUGGCACCGCCCACCCAGUGACCCAGGGCGUCCUCUGCACUCAGCUGCCCGCGGCGCCACAAGCCGAGAUAGUGGGACCCUUGCUUUGGGGCUCCCUGUGCAGGGAGACCCCCCCCAGCGCAUGCCUGGCGGGGAGCCCUGGCAGGAAACCAGUGGACAGGCCAGUAAAAGCCCAGCUGGGACUGGGCGGCCUGUCUUCCUUCACCCCCCACCACAGCCCCACCCCCGCCCGCGCCCUGCACGAGGGAGGGGCAGGCCUGAGGUGCUCAGCAAGGCCAUUGCAGGCCCCCCACCUUCCAGGCACCCCAGCCCCCGC